AUGCCGACUUUAACCUUUGUGCAGAAGCCCAGACCCGCGGUGGGGUGUUUACCUGACCCGCGGGGGUCAGAGGCUGCGGACCCAGCCAGCCGGAGGGGACCGGCGGCCUCCGGCGGGGCGGCACUGCCCUCUCGUGGCCAAUCGGCGCCACUACAUCGGGCUCGUGACCACAUUCAAUUAAAAGAGUUGGAACUCAAUACCGUUUUCCAUUGCCCACGCCACCUCCCCUCUCGGCCCACCACUGACCGCCUGGGAGAGCUAUUUCUCCUCCUGGCUGACUUACUUCUGGUUUUAGAAGAGGCAACCCGAUUCAAGCCCCUCCGGAAGUAUGUGUACAGCUAUGAGGCAGAGAGCUCCAGCGGCGUCCCUGGAACCGCAGACUCCAGAAGCGCCACCAGGAUCGGCUGCAAGGUUGAGCUGGAGGUUCCCCAGCUCUGCAGCUUCGUCCUGAAGACCAGCCAGUGUACCCUGAAAGAGGUGUAUGGCUUCAACCCUGAGGGCAAGGCCUUGCUGAAGAAGACCAAGAAUUCUGAGGAUUUUGCUGCUGCCAUGUCCAAGUAUGAGCUCAGGCUGGCUGUACCUGAAGGGAAGCAAGUUGUCCUCUACCCAGCGGACAAGGAGCCCAAACACAUCCUGAACAUCAAGAGGGGCAUGGUCUCUGCUCUCCUGGUUCCCCCGGAGACAGAAGAGGCCGAGCGAGAGCUGUUCCUGGAUACUGUGUAUGGAAACUGCUCCACACACGUCACGGUGAAGACGAGGAAGGGGAGUGUGGCCACAGAAAUGUCCACAGACAGAAACCUGCGGCAGUGUUCCGGCUUCCAGCCUGUCAGCGCAGGUGCCAGCCCCCUGGCCCUCAUCAGAGGCCUGGCCCGCCCCUUGUCCACUCUGAUCAGCAGCAGCCAGUCCUGCCAGUACAGCCUGGAUCCCAAGAGGAAGCAUGUGUCAGAGGCCACCUGCAAGGAGCAGCACCUGUUCCUGCCUUUCUCCUACAAGAAUAAGUACGGAAUGAUGACCCAGGUUACGCAGACUUGGAAACUCGAAGACACUCCUAAGACCAACAGCCGCUUCUUUGGUGAAGGCACCCAGAAGGUGGGCUUGGCCUUCGAGAGCACCAAAUCCCCGUCACUGCCAAAGCAGGCCGAGGCUGUUCUGAAAACUCUCCAGGAGCUGAAAGCACUGUCUGUCUCUGAGCAGAAUGCCCAGAGAGCAAAUCUCUUCAAUAAGCUGGUCACCAACCUGAGAGGCCUCAGCAACGAGGCAGUCUCAUCCCUCCUGCCACAGCUGAUCGAGGUGUCCAGCCCCAUCACCUUGCAAGCCUUGGUCCAGUGCGGACAGCCUCAGUGUUACACUCACAUCCUCCAGUGGCUGAAGAGUGAGAAAGCUCACCCCCUGCUGAUAGAUGCUGUCACCUACCUGGUGGCCCUCAUCCCAGACCCCUCAGUUCAGAGACUGCGUGAGAUUUUCAGCAUAGCCAAGGAACAGCAGAGCCGCGCCACCCUGUACGCGCUGAGCCACGUGGCCAGCAGCUAUUUUCAGACGACCCAUACGGUGAACCAGGACCUGCAGGAUGUGGCGAAUUACCUCCAGGAGCAGAUCCGCGACACGUGUGCCGGGGAUGAGGAUCACACCUACCUGAUCCUGAGGGUCAUUGGAAAUAUGGGCCGAACCUUGGAGAGCAUAACACCUGCGAUCAAGUCUUCGGUCCUGAGCUGCAUCAGAAGCCCAAAGCCAUCAGUGCUGAUUCAGAAAGCUGCUAUCCAGGCCCUGAGAAAGAUGGAACUUGGAGAUGAGGCCCAGGAGCUCCUCCUCCAGACUUUUGUUGACAGCACCUUUCCAGUGGAGAAGCGGCUGGCUGCCUAUCUCAUGCUGAUGAAGGGGCCUUCCCAGGCAGAUGUUAACAAGGUUAUCGGACUUCUCCCACGGGAAGGGAAUGAGCAGGUGAAGAACUUUGUGGCUUCUCACAUUGCCAACAUCUUGAACUUGGAAGAAUUAUAUGUUGGAGAUCUGAAAACUUUAGUGAGAGAAGCUCUGAAGGAUUCUCAACUUCCAACCAUCAUGGACUUCAGAAAAUAUUCCCGGAACUAUCACUUUUCCAAGUCUGUAUCGCUUCCUUUGCUUGAUCCAGUCUCAGCCAAAAUCGAAGGGAAUCUUCUGUUUGACCCAAAUAAUUAUCUUCCUAAAGAAAGCAUGCUGAAAACGACCCUGACUGUCUUCGGCUUUGCAUCAGCUGACCUCUUCGAGAUUGGCUUAGAAGGAAAAGGCUUUGAGCCAACACUGGAAGCUCUUUUCGGGAAGCAAGGAUUUUUCCCAGACAGUGUCAGCAAGGCAUUGUACUGGGUCAAUGGUCAAGUGCCUGACCAUGUCUCCAAGGUCCUGGUGGAUCACUUUGGCUACACCCAAGAUGACAAGCAUGAACAGGACAUGGUAAAUGGAAUCAUGCCCAUUGUCAACAAGCUGAUUAAAGAUCUGAAAUCAAGAGACAUGCCCGAAGCCAGGGCCUAUCUCCGCAUCCUGGGCAAAGAGCUGGGCUUUUUCAAGCUUCAAGACCUCCAGUUCCUGGGCAGGCUGCUGCUGAGCGGAGCUCGCACUCUGCAGGGAGUCCCCCAGAUGAUUGGAGAGGCCAUCAGGAAAGGCUCAGAGAGGGACUUAUUCCUGCACUACAUCUUCAUGGACAAUACCUUUGAGCUCCCCACUGGAGCUGGGCUUCAGUUGCAAGUGUCCUCGUCUGGAGUCAUCACCCCUGGGAUCAAAGCUGGCGUGAAGCUGGAAGUGGCCAACAUGAAGGCCGAUCUGCUGAUGAAGCCCUCCGUGUCCGUGGAGUUUGUGACAGACAUGAGUGUCAUCAUGCCAGACUUUGCACGCAGUGGGGUCCAGAUGAACACCAAUUUCUUCCACGAGUCAGGCCUGGAGGCCCGCAUGGCCCUGAAAGCUGGUCAGCUGAAGUUCAUCAUCCCUUCUCCACAGAGGCCGGUGAAGCUAUUCAGCGGCAGAAACACACUGCAUUUGGUCUCCACCACCAAGACGGAAGUGAUUCCACCCCUCAUUGAGGACAGGCAGUCCUGGUCAGCCUGCAGGCCCUUCAUUGCUGGCCUGAGCUACUGCACCACCGGUGCUUACUCCAAUGCCAGCUCCACACAGUCCGCCUCCUACUACCCACUGACAGGGGACACCAGAUAUGAGCUGGAACUGAAGCCUACAGGAGAGGUAGAACAGUACUCUGCCAGUGCAACCUAUGAACUCCAGAAAGAGGACAAAGCCCUGGUGGACAGGCUGAAGUUUGUAAUUCAGGCAGAAGGUGUGAAGCAGACCGAGGCUACUUUGAUGUUCAGGUAUAAUCGACGGAGUAGGACGUUAUCCACCGAAAUGCAAAUUCCAGAUCUGGACGUCAACCUCGGGACCGUCCUUAGAGUCAGUGACGAAUCUUCUAAGGACAAAAAGUCUUACAAACUCAACCUAGAUAUUCAGAACAAGAAAAUCACUGAGAUUGCAUUCUCAGGCCACAUAAGUCACGACACAAAAGGAGAUGGCAAGAUCAAAGGCGUUGUUUCCAUACCGCGUUUGCAAGCAGAAGCCAGAAGUGAGAUCCUGUCCCACUGGUCUCCCACCAAAUUGCUGCUUCAGAUGGACUCCUCUGCUACAGCCUAUGGCUCGACAGUUUCUAAGAGGGUGAUGUGGCGUUACGAUGAUGAAAAGAUUGAAUUUGAAUGGAACACAGGGACCAAUGUGGAUACCAAAAAAGUGGCUUCCAAUUUCCCUGUGGACCUCUCCGGUUAUCUCAGAAGCUUAGAGAUGCAUGCCAGAGGUCUCCUACAUCACAGAAUUCCUCAAGCAGACAUGUCUUUCUGGGACAUGGGUUCCAAAUUAAUAGCAACAACGAACACAUGGCUGCAGGAAGCAUCCGGUCACCUUCCUUAUGCCCAGAUUUUACAGGCUCAUCUCAGUGGCCUAACACAGAUGGACCUCCAGAAAAUGAGUUUGCCGUAUUUCCACAUGCCUGACAACCUCUUCUUAAAAAGUGAUGGCCAAGUGAAAUAUACCUUGAACAAAAACAGCAUUGAAGUUGAAAUUCCUUUGCCUUUUGGUGGCAAAUCUUCCAAAGAUCUGAAGAUAUUUGAGACCAUCAGGACACCAGCUCUCAACUUCAAAUCUGUGGGACUCCACCUGCCAUCUCGAGAGUUCCAAGUCCCCACUUUUACCAUUCCUGAGUUGUAUCAUCUGCGGGUGCCUCUCCUGGGUGUCCUCACCCUCUCCACUAAUGUGUACAGCAACUUGUACAAUUGGUCCGCCUCCUACACUGGUGGCAACACCAGCAGGGACCACUUCACCCUCCAAGCUCGGUACCAUGUAAAGGCUGACUCUGUGGUCAACCUGCUUUCCUACAGUGUACAAGGAUCUGGAGAAACAACAUACGAUCACAGGAAUACAUUUACAUUAUCGUGCGAUGGAGCCCUACGGCAUAAAUUUCUGGACUCAAAUAUUAAACUCAGUCAUGUAGAAAAGGUUGGAAACAACCCAGCCUCCAAAGGUCUGCUAACACUGGAUGCAUCUACUUCCUGGGGACCACAGGUGUCUGCUUCGGUCCAUUUGGAUUUGAAAAAGAGGCAACAUUUGUACAUCAAAGAUGUCAAGAUAGAUGGGCAGGUCAGAGCCUCUGCAUUCUACGCUAAAGGCACAUAUGGCCUGACCUGCCAGAGGGACCCUGCCACUGGCCAACUAAGUGGGGAGUCCAACCUGAGCUUUAACUCCUCCUACCUCCAGGGCACCAACCGGAUUACGGGGAGAUACGAGGACGGUGCCCUCUCCCUCACCUCCACCUCUGAGCUGCAAGGUGGCACCCUUAAAAAUACUGCUUCUCUGAAGUACGAAAACUAUGAACUGACUCUGAAAUCUGACACCAGUGGGAAGUCUGACAACUUGGCCGCUCAUAACAAGGUGGAUCUGACCUUCUCUAAGCAAAACGCACUGCUGCGCUCUGAGUAUGCGGCCGAUUACAAGUCAUUAAAAUUUUUCUCCCUGCUCUCUGGAUCCGUGAAUUCCCAUGGUGUUGAAUUAAAUGCUGACGUCCUGGGCACCGACAAAACCAACGCCGGUGCUCACAAGGCAACACUGAGGAUUGCCCGCGAUGGAAUCUCUACCAGUGCAACGACCAGCCUGAAAUACAGCCCCCUGUUUCUGGAGAAUGAGCUGAACGCAGAGCUUGGCCUCUCUGGGGCAUCUGUGAAGUUAACAGCAAAUGGCCGCUUCAGAGAGCACAGCACAAAAUUCACCCUGGAUGGAAAAGCCGCCCUCACCGAGGUGUCACUGGGAAGUGCUUAUCAGGCCAUGAUCCUGGGUGUGGACACCAAAAACAUUUUCAACUUCAAAGUCAGUGGCGAAGAACUGAAGCUCACCAACGACCUAAAGGGCUCCUAUGGGGAGAUGACCCUGGACCACACCAACAGUCUGCACAUCGCAGGCUUAUCCCUGGAGUUCUCUUCAAAACUCGACAGCAUCUAUAGCUCUGACAAGUUUUAUAAGCAAAAUUUCAACUUCCAGAUUCAGCCCUUUUCUCUUGUAACUGCUUUAAACAAUGACCUGAAAUACAGCGCUCUGGGUCUGACCAGCAGCGGGAAGGUGCGGCUGGAACCACUGAAGCUCGUCGUGGACGGUAACCUGAAAGGCUCCUACCAAAAUAAUGAGAUAAAACACAUCUUCGCCGUUUCUUACGUCGACGUAUCAGCAAGCUGCAAGGCGUCUACUGUGGCGAGGAUUCAGGGAACGGAGUUCAGCCAUCAGCUCAGCGCGGGCCUCACUGGGCUGGCUGCAUCCGUAGACACCAGCACAAACUACCACUCGGAUUCGCUGCGCUUCGGCAGCGCCUUCCACGCUGCGAUGGCCCCGUUCACCCUGGCCGUCGACGCGCACGCAAACGGCAAUGGGAAACUGGCUGUCUGGGGAGAGCACACCGGCCAGCUGUACAGCAAAUUCCUGCUGAAGGCAGAGCCUUUGGCUCUCACUUUCUCUCACGACCACAAAGGGUCCACAAAUCACCGUCUCUUGUCCAGGAAAAGCAUCAGCACGGCUGUCGAUCACAAACUCAGUGUCCUGCUUACGCCAUCCCAGCAGACCAGCACCUGGAAACUCAAGACCCAGCUGAACGACAACGAGUACAGCCAGGACUUCGACGCUUACAACACCAAAGAUAAGAUCGGCGUGGAGCUCCGUGGGCGUGGCCUGGCCGACCUCGCCGCGCUGGACUCCCCGAUUAAGGUGCCGCUUUUCCUCAGUGAGCCCGUCAAUGUCCUCGAGGCCUUACAGAUGAAAGACGCUGUCCAGCAGCCCCAAGAAUUCACGAUCGCUGCUGUGGUAAAGUAUGACAAGAACCAAGACGUCCACACCAUCAGCCUCCCGUUCUUUAGAUCACUACCAGAAUACCUGGAGAGGAAUAGACUAAUGCUUAUAACUGUACUGGAAGCCAUGCAGAAGGAGCUGAAAAGCAUCAAAAUUGAUCAGUUUGUGGGGAAAUACAGAGCAGGCCUGGGCAAACUCCCCCAGCAAGUUAAUGACUACCUGAAUGCCUUCAGCUGGGAGGGUCAGGUUGCCAGUGCCAAGGAAAAACUGACUGCAUUCGCAGAAAAUUAUAGAAUCACAGAAAAUGAUGUACAAGCUGCACUGAAUAAUGCCAAAAUCAACCUCAAUGAAAUACUCUCUCAACUUCAGACAUAUGUGAUACAAUUUGAUCAGUAUAUUAAAGAUAAUUAUGAUCUAUAUGAUUUAAAAGUAGCUAUUGCUAAGAUUAUUGAUCACAUUAUUGAAAAUUUAAAAAUCCUUGAUGAACGUUAUCAUAUCCGUGUAAAUUUAGUAAGAACAAUCCACAAUGCACAUUUGUUUAUUGAAAAUAUUGAUUUUAACAAAAUGGGAAGUAGUACAGCAUCUUGGAUUCAAAAUGUAGACAUUCAGUACCAAAUCAGAAGCCAAAUGCAGGAAAAAUUGCAGCAGGUCAGGACACAGCUUCAGAAUGUAGACAUCCAGGAGAUUGCUGCAAAGUUAAAGCAACAGGUUGAGGCCAUUGAUGCCAGAGUGCUUUUAAAUCAAUUGAGAACUACAAUUCCAUUCCAAAGAAUAAAGGACAUUAUUGAGCAUAUCAAAUACUUUGUAAUAAGUCUUAUUGAAGAUUUUGAUGUAACUGAGAAAAUCAAUGCUUUUAGAGCCAUAGCCCAUGAGUUAAUUAAGAAAUAUGAAGUAGACCAACAGAUCCAAGUUUUACUAGAUAAAUCAGUACAGUUAGCUCACCAAUAUAAGCUGAAAGACACUGUUCAGAAACUAAGCAAUGUCCUACAGCAAGUUGAUAUGAAAGAUUGCUACGAGAAACUGCUUGUGUUUGUUGAUGAUAUUAUCAGGCAGCUCAAAGCAUUUUCUUUUAAACAUUUCCUUGAAGAAUUAAACCAAUUUCUUGACAUUUUGGUAAAGAAAUUAAGGUCAUUUGAUUACCACCAGUUUGUAGAUGAUACCAACCACAAAAUCCGGGAGGUGACUCAGAUAAUCAACACUGAAUUUCAGGUUCUUGACCUACCACAGAAAGCUGAAGCGCUGAAACUGUUUGUAGAGGAUGUGAGGGCCAUGCUGUGUGCCUUUCUGGAAAAGCUAAAGGACACCAAAAUAAAUGUAUUUGUGAAUUCGUUACAGGAUGCACUAAAUUCUGCACAUUUGGUUCCCAUAAAAGCAAAAUUCCAAGAGACUCUAGAAGAUCUACGAGACCGGAUUUAUCAGAUGGACAUCCAACAAGAACUGGAGCACUACCUGUCUCUGGCAGGCCAGGUUUACAGCACACUUGUCACCUACAUCUCUGACUGGUGGGUUGUUGUUGCUAAGAACCUCACCGACUUUGCAGAGCAAUAUUCUGUCCAAGCCUGGGCUGAAAAUGUGAAAGCUUUGGUGGAACAAGGGUUCACGGUCCCUAAAAUUCAGCUCAUUCUUGGGACCUUGCCGGCCUUUCAAAUUAGUCUUCGCGCUCUUCAGGAAGCUUCUUUCCAGACUCCUGACUUCACAGUUCCCCUGACAGAUUUGAGGAUCCCAUCUGUUCAAAUCAACUUCAAAGAACUGAAAGAUAUAAAAAUUCCACCCAGGUUUUCCACGCCUGAAUUCACUAUCCUCAACACCUUCCACAUUCCUUCCUUUACAAUUGACUUCUUGGAAAUAAAAAUCAAGAUUAUCAGGACCAUUGACCAGAUGCUGAGCAGUGAGUUCCAGUGGCCAGUUCCAGAAGUGUAUCUGGGGGACCUGAAGGUGGAGGAUGUCCUUCCUGCCAGACUCGUGCUACCAGACUUCCACUUACCGGAAAUCGCAAUUCCAGAAUUUCUAAUCCCAAAUCUGAACCUCACAGAGUUUCAAGUUCCUGACCUUCACAUACCAGAAUUCCAGCUUCCUCCCAUCUCAUACACUGCUGAGAUACCUGCUUUUGGCAAGCUGAAUAGCAUUUUGAAAAUCCAGUCUCCUCUUUUCACCUUAGAUGCAAAAGCUGACAUACACAACAUAACUACUUCGGAGCACCAAGCGGGGACUGAAGCUUCCAUCGCUGCCAAAGGAGAGUCCAAAUUCGAAGUUCUCAAUUUUGAUUUUCAAGCAAAUGCACAGCUCUUGAAUCCUAAGACUAAUCCACUGUUUCUCAAGGAAUCCAUGAAUUUCUCUAGCAAGUACCUAAGAAUGGAGCAUGAAAGUGAAAUACGAUUUUCUAUAAAUGCCAUUGAAGGAAAAUCAGACACCCUGGCAAGUUUACAUACAGAAAAAAAUACACUGGAGCUGCAUAAUGGUGUGGUGGUCAAGAUAAAAGAUCGGCUCACCCUGGACAGCCACACGAAAUACUUCCACAAGCUGAGCAUCCCCACCCUGGACUUCUCCAGUAAAGCAGACCUGAGUAAUGCUGUCAAGACACUCCUGGAAGUUGGAUACAUAACACUGACCUCUUCUGGAGCAGGGUCAUGGAAAUGGGCCUGUCCCAACUUCUCAGACGAGGGAACACAUGAAUCACAAAUCAACUUUACGGUGGAAGGACUGCUUGCUUCCCUUGGAGUAGCCAAUAAGAUUAACAGCAAACACCUAAAAGUAAGCCAGAAUUUGGCUUAUGAAUCUGGCUUCCUCAACUUUUCUAAGUUUGAAAUUCGGUCAGAUGUGGAAUCCCAGCACUUGGGCCACAGCGUUCUCACUGCCAAAGGCAUAGCCCUACUUGGGAAAGGGAGAGCAGAGAUAACUGCAGACCACAAUGCUCACUUAAAUGGGAAAGUGAUUGGAACUUUGAAAAAUUCUCUUUUCAUUUCAGCCCAGCCACUUGAGAUUACUGCAUCCGCAAGUAAUGAAGGGAAUUUGAAAGUUAGUUUUCCAUUAAGAUUGACAGGGAAGAUAGACUUUCUAAAUGACUAUGCACUACUUGUGAGUCCUGCUGCCCAGCAAACAAGUUGGCAGGCAAGUGCUGGGUUCAAUCAGUAUAAGUACAACCAAAACUUCUCUGCCACCAACAAUGAGAACAGCAUCGAUGCCCAUGUAUCGAUCAAUGGAGUUGCCAACCUGGAUUUCUUAAACAUUCCGUUUACAAUUCCUGAAAUGAACCUACCUUACACAGCACUCACAACUCCCUCCCUGAAGGAUUUCUCCAUAUGGGAAGAAACAGGCUUGAAGGAAUUCUUGAAAACAACAAAGCAAUCAUUUGAUUUAAAUGUAAGUGUUCAGUAUAAGAAAAACAAAGACAAGCAUUCCAUCGCAGUUCCUUUGGGUGCGUUUUAUAAGUUUAUCAGUCAGAAUGUCAACUCCUUGGACAGCUAUUUUGAGGAUGUCAGAGAUAAGGCAUUGGAUUUUCUUACUACAUCCUAUAAUGAAGUGAAAAUUAAGUUGGAUGAGUAUAAAGCUGAAAGAUCCCUCAACAAACUCCCCCAGACCUUUCCGAGGCCUGGAUACACCAUUCCAGUUGUCAAUGUUGAAGUGACUCCAUUCUUAGUAGAGACGCUGCCAUCUGGUCAUGUGAUCCCAAAAGCUGUCCAUACCCCCAGCUUCACUAUCCCGGGUUCUGACUUCUAUGUGCCUUCAUACACGUUGGUUCUGCCAUCCUUUGAACUUCCAGACCUCCAUAUCCCUAGGAAUCUACUCCAGCUUUCUCUCCCAGAUUUCAAAGAGCUGAGCACUGUCAACAAUAUUUUUAUUCCAGCCAUGGGCAACAUAACCUAUGAUUUUUCCUUCAAAUCAAGUGUCAUCACCCUGAAUGCCAAUGCUGGACUUUAUAACCAAUCGGACCUUGUCGCUCAUUUCCUUUCUUCCUCUUCGUUUGUCAUCGAUGCGCUGCAGUACAAAUUAGAGGGCACUUCACGCUUGACAAGGAAGAGAGGACCGAAGUUAGCCACAGCUCUGUCCCUGAGUAACAAAUUUGUGGAAGGCAGUCAUGACAGCACCAUUAGCAUCACCAAGAAAAUCAUGGAAGCAUCAGCAACCACGACUGCCAAAGUCCAUGUUCCAGUUUUGAGAAUGAAUUUCAAGCAAGAACUUAAUGGAAAUACCAAGUCAAAACCUACUGUCUCUUCCUCCAUUGAGCUAACAUACGACUUCAAUUCCCCACAGCUGCUCUCCACCGUCAAGGGGGCGAUUGACCACAAGCUCAGCUUAGAAAGCCUCACCUCUUACUUUUCCAUUGAGUCAUCUACCAAAGGAGAUAUCGAAGGUGUGGUCCUCUCGAGGGAAUAUUCAGGAGCUAUUGCCAACGAGGCCAGCACUUACCUGAGUUCCAAGGUGACCCGGUCUUCAGUGAAGCUGCAAGGUUCUUCCAAAGUUGAUGGUAUCUGGAAUGUUGAACUAAAAGAAAACUUUGCUGGGGAAGCCACUCUCCGACGCAUAUAUGCCAUGUGGGAACACAGCGUGAAAAACCACUUACAGCCACACAGGCACUGGUCCAGUCAUGGAGAACACACAAGCAAAGCCACCCUGGAGCUGUUCCCGGGGUCAGUAUCAGCCCUCAUUCAGAUUCGUGCACGGGAGAUCAAUUCUGUCUUUGACAUUCCUCACCUUGACCAGGAAGUAGCCCUGAAUGCUAAUACUAAGCACCAGAAGUUCAGCUGGAAAAGUGAGGUCCAGGCUCCAUAUGGGACUCUCCAGCACAAUGGGCAGCUUUCUAAUGACCAGAAAGAGGCACGCUUUGACAUUGCAGGGUCCUUAGAAGGGCACCUGCACUUCCUCAAGUUUGUCACCCUACCUGUGUACGACAAGAGCAUAUGGGACCUGCUAAAACUGGACGUAACCACCAGCUCCCGAAAGAGACAAUAUCUUCGUGCUUCAACUGCUCUUGUGUACACCAAAAACCCCAAGGGCUACCCCUUCUCUGUUCCUGUGCAAGAACUGGCUGACAAAUUCAUCAUCCCAGGCCUGAAACUAAGUGAUCUGAGCUCAGACCUCGCCACACCUACAUUCCGAGUACCAUUUACAGACCUUCAGAUCCCAGCCUACACACUUGACUUCAAUGAAAUCAAAAUCUACAAGAAGCUAAGUACAUCUCCAUUUGCCCUUAACCUCCCCGCACUACCCGAAGUAAAAUUUCCCCAAGUGGAUGUGUUGACAAAAUAUUCUGAACCAGAAGAAUCCUCCGUCCCCUUUUUUGAGAUAACUGUGCCUGAAGUUCAGCUAACUGUGUCUCAGUUCACUCUUCCAAAAAGUCUUGCAGUGGGCAGUACUGUUCUGGAUCUCAAUGAAGUGGCCAGCAGGGUUGGGGACUUCGAGCUGCCCACCAUCACUGUGCCUGAGCAGACAAUUGAGAUUCCUUCCAUUAAGUUCUCUGUACCUGCUGGAGUUUUUAUUCCUUUUUUUGGAACACUGACUGCACAUUUUGGGGUGGCCUCUCCCCUGUAUAAUGCCACCUGGAAUGCUGGUUUGAAAAACAAAGCGGAUCAUGUCGAAACAUUCCUGGAUUCCACGUGCAGCUCUACCUUACAGUUCCUAGAGUACGACCUAAAUGUUGUGGGAACCCACAGAAUUGAAGAUGGCAUGCUCAUCUGCAAGACCGAAGGGAUGCUUGCCCACCAUGACUUCAGCGCAGAAUAUAAAGAAGACGGAAAAUACAAAGGACUUGAGGACUGGGAAGGGGAGCUGAGCCUGGACAUCAGCAGCCCAGCGUUCACUGAGCUCCACUUGCACUACCAAGAGAACGAGAAGAGCGUGUCCUCCUCGGCAGCCUCCCCGGCCAUAGGCACCGUGGGCCUGGACAUGGAGACAGAAGGUGGCCGCAGCUUCGAGUUCAAGCUCUACUUCCAGCCUCAGUCCUCUCCAGGCCAACAACUCAACAUAUUCAAAACCAAGUGGAGGUACCGGGAAUCUGACGAUAAAACUCAGAUGAAAUUUAACUGGGAGGAAGAGGCAGCUUCCAGACUGCUGAACUCUCUAAGGGACAAUGUGCCAAAGGCCACAGGAGCCUUUCAUGCCUAUGUUGACAAGUACCACCGGGAGUACACGGGACUCAGCCUGGAAGAUGCUUCUGUGAAACUCGGGAGAAGUCUGCUGGACAGUGCUGAGGGAGCCUACCAAAGAGCCAGGAGGCAGAUCGAUAAGAUAGAUGUGGGACUCCAGAGAGCAGCUAGCAGCACUACAGGAGCCUACCAGGAGUGGAAGGAAAAGGCCCAGGACUUAUACCAGGGCCUGCUGGCUGACGAGGGACAAGCCACUUCCCACAGACUCAAAGACAAGGUGUUUGACAGUUUGUUACAAGUUACUCAGGAGUCCCACAUGGCAGCCAAGCAUAUGAUUGACUCCUCUAUUGGUUUCUUGCAGCUCACCAGAAUCCAUCUCCCGGGGAUAGCAGGGAUGUACACUAGAGAUGAACUCUGCACAAUGGUCAUGAAAGAAAUCGGGAAAGCACUGUCCCAGGCAUAUUCAAAUAUCCAGAGUGGGUUAGAGAAGCUGCUUUCCUAUGUCCAAGACCUAGUGGAGAAAUCUGAAUUAAUCAAAGACCUACAGAUUAAAUUUCCUUUUUAUUCAGAAAGCCAUACACUGACAGAGGUAAUUCUGAAGUCUAGGAAACUGUUGGAAUUUUUAUCAAAAGAAGCCCAAGAGGUAUUUACUGACCUACAGUCUAUCAAGUUUUCAGAGACACUGACUGAACUCCAGAGCCUUUUACAAAGAGUUUUCCAAGAGAUAGAAGAAGAAAUAAAACUGUUAAAGGAGACCAGGCUUAUCCACCCCAUUAAUGCCAUCCACACAGUCUUCAACACAUAUAUUCCGCUUGCUUUUAGGGUGCUGAAAGAAAGUCUAUGCCUUAACCUUACAAAGUUCAAUGAGCUUGUUCAAAAUAACCUUCAGAUGGCUUCUGAAGGGUUGCAGCAGACCCAUCAGUAUAUAAAGGCUCUUCGCGAAGAGUAUUUUGAUCCAAGUGUAGUCGGCUGGACAGUAAAAUACUAUGAACUUGAAGACAAGAUCAUUGACCUGGUCAUGGACCUGGUGAUUGCCCUUCACAACUUCCAUUCCACGUACGCAGCCUAUGUGACCAGCUAUGUUUCCCAGCUCUCAGCCCUCGCUGAGCAAUUCGUACACAAAGAUGUCCAAGAAUAUCUGUUCAUCCUCGCAGAUGCAGACGGAAAGGGGAAAGAGAAAAUAGCAGAGCUUUCUAACACUGCUCAGCAAGUGAUUAAAACCUUGAUCACUGCAACAAAGGAGAUUGUUUCUGAUUACCAGGAGAAGUUCACAUCUAAACUACAAGAGUUUCCAGACCAGUUCUCUGAUUACCAUGAGAAAUUCAUCGCUGAGUCCCAAAGAGUGAUGGACCUCUUCAUUCAAAACUACCACAUGAUUCUAAGCUAUAUCACGGAGUUACUGCAAAAGCUGCAGGCAGCCACAGCCAGUGGAGGGAAUGCCUACAUAAAGCUUGCUCCAGGAGAACUUACUGUUACUUACUAAAUUUAAUCCCCACUUAUUGGUGCAUUGCAAUUAAACUUGCACACAAUGGGUGGAAAAUUCAAACUACUGAUAAAACACACACUGAGCCGGCCUGCAGCAGGCAACUGACUAAAGGCAGAUGCACAUAGGAACGGGACCUGCUCUGGAGCUGAUGUGGGGGCUCUGAACUCUGGGGGGUGACAAUGUUUUUUUGCAAGUUAAAAUCAGGAUCUGAAUUAUUUUGCUAAACCUGGGAGGGGGCAAAUAAAUGGAUUCUGUUUCACACCACUCAGUAUGGUCCUCUGCAUUAGAAGAUAGUGCAAUUAGGGUAUCGAUUCAAGUAUUCUGGCGUUUCAGCACCUCUAGAACAUAUAUGAUGACCUACGUGAUGGAAAGGAGACAGGAAGCAUUACGAAUGGAGACAUUUUAUCACCUAAAAAACAGAGGUGAUUCAUCUCAAGAACUGUAUUUUCCACGUGAAAAGGAAAAGGUCACAGAAAUUUUUACAUAAUUUGAUCAUGAGGAGCAUCUCAUUUAUCUUUAAGUGCCACAUAGCCUUCCUCACCAACCUGCCUGCCUUUGCCAGGCGAGGCUCUCUUUCAGCUUUAAGGUAAACCAGCAGGCCUUCGACUUCACCCGGCCUGCCGGCAGCGAAGAGGAGAGGUAGGGAGCCCUGGUCUUCAGGCCACUGAGAGAGAAGUUUGGUUAGGAGAGGAGGGUGGGGGAGUGAACGCGUAACACUCCUGUAAGUAAGUGCACAUUCAGGUUCUGGAACUUCCUUAUAUUUCCAAAAGCAAUACCUACUCGUCCCAUUGCAGUCAAGUCAGGGGGCUCUCUUGCUGCCCCAUGCACCCACUACAAGCUCUGAUUUUAAACAUAAGCAAUUUCAGUCAGCACGCUUCUGGUGCUGAGCACUACAUACCUUUCCAUCGAAGUGAGGAGAGUCAGUGAGAUGCCAGUGUCUUCAGAGGCCCCACAGUCUUCCUUUGCAGGGCAUUUACCAGGCCUCCCUCUGCCCUGAGAUCCAGACCUGAUUUGUCCCUUCUCUCGCCCUAAAUAUUGACCCGUCAUUUACACAUUUCUUUAUCCACCCAGCCAGUCAGGAGAAUUUCCUGGACUACCUGAUCCAAGCUCCUGGGUGCCUCUCUUUCCAUUUUCCCAUCAAAGCUGGUGUGUGCUGUUCUAGGAGGGGGAUAAACAGUACAGAGGCACCAUGAAGACUUUAAGUAGAAAAACUCAUGGAGAGGAAGUUGCUACAGAAAAACUUGAAAGGGAUCUUGAUGAUACACAGACUUUAAUAAACCAAUACAGGAGAGGGGCAGCUCCAAAUGAGGGGACCCAGGUGCAGAGGUGGGUUGUUCAGUUUGGCCAAGGUAUAGGAAGAGUAGUCAGAAAGGACAGUUUGGCAGUGUUGUGGGGCUUGAACACUGGAGUGGAAGUGCCGCUUUUUGCUGAAGAAGGGCAUCCGGAGAAAGGUUCUGAGUAGGAGAGUGAUAUCAGGUGCGACUCGGGGACCUCAAUCCAUACUGCAACAUUAUACAUAAUGAGUGG